CCCGAUAUCGUGGAAGGAUGCUUAAGCACCGUUUAAAAUUGUUACGCCACUGUCCGACGAAGCUUGGAAACUUCUGAUCUUCCAGUUCGCUCUGAGCAUCUCGCAGUCGUGAGAGUCUCGGCAUGUGAUCGAGUAUUCGUCAGGAACAGCUUCCGCUAUUGCCGGUCUAGAACGUUGAAUAGAAUUACCUGGCCGCGUGGCGAAGAUUUAUUAGCAGCAGCAAUCGUGUCCUUCAUCCAUUCUUCGUAUCUUCAACAAGCUGUGAUUUAACUUUCGACAUAAACAUGACCAUGGAAUGCAAAAGUUCAUCAACCGCAACAAUCAAGGAUACGCCGGAAAAUGAUGGCAUCUGCCCGGAAUUGAGAUUGCUGCAAUCGAUCGCGAUGCAAACCUCGUUGGGUCAGACAGCAUUGAAACUCGUAGAUAACUUUCUAUGGACCGUGGAAAAGUGCGCGGAAUGGAGCCUACCUGCCCAGGAAGUUGAAGACGAAAACGGGAAAUCGGAAUUCGUCAGACCAUUGCCGUGGAUUUUAUUCUUGCCGAGUUUGGUGAUGAUACGUAUAAUCAGGAUGACGAUGAACGUAGGCGCUUUCGUAAUAGGUUACCCCCCAGUCACGCCGAGUGUAUUGGUAAAAUUCUUACAGAAAAGUCGCAUGCGACUGAAUGACGUAAAGAACAGUGAGGCGAGGGAAAAAGAGGAUAAGGAUGAGAAAUCCUCGAUAAACGAGACCAGAAGAGCCCUUAUGGAAUCCAUUCGUCUGACCUUAUCGAGCUUGUCCUGUCUGGACACGUCCAAACCUUCCCUAUCACCACCACCUACUAAAAUUCACGUUAGUAACAUCUUCGACUCCGAUGCAGCAACAAUAACAUCGGAAGAAAAAUCAGUGACGGAAUCAACAGAUAAUACAGAGAAGCAAAGAAACUUGAUAAAUCACAGCGAAUCGGAGGAGAACGAGGAGAUAAAUGAUGAGGAUAAGGAUGAGGAGACUCUGGAAGAAAAGAUCAAUCGACUUGCCUUGGAAAGCAGCGAUGAAGAUGAGGAUUUCGAUCCGGCCAAUUGCACCGUUUCGAGCAACGAAAGUCGCGACAACAGCAACAAGGAUAGCGACAGUGAAGUCGACGAGGAUGGUGGUAACGUGUCCUCCGCCGAGCUUUGCGAUCUCAUUGAAGGCUCUAAACGCGUGAUGCGUGGCGAGAAAACAGAAGUGGAAAAUGAAAUCGAGAAGUUUCAGGCUGCUGAGCGGGCAGCCUCGCAAGUUUUUGACCAGAGAUUGCCGGCCGGGGAGAGCCGUGAUCAGGUAGAGGAGCGCCUCUUGCAGCGUAUCGACUCGCCCACGUGUUAUACGCCUGACAAGUCCAGCGAGGGCGAUUCGAUCUUCUACUCGCCGAUCAGCUCAGACAACGAUAUGCCGAAGGCGCCGAUUACCGAGAAAUGCGUCUCGAGAGACUCCCUAAAGACGAACGAGUAUGCUAAUGGUGAUAUACAUUUCAUUACAGCAUCAAUGAUUUCAGAGACGUCUUCGACGUCUGGAGGGGCCAACCAUGGCGCGAAACGCAGCGCAAACGUGAGUAAAUAUCACAAGGGUAAACGUACGAAUCACGGCAAUCGCAGGAAAAAAUAAUCAACCAGAACGAACAGAGAAAGAGAAAGAGGGCGGGAAAGAGAAAAUUAAACCUUAAAGUUUCUCUUCGGAAAGGGUGAUUAUUAUCAAUGAUAGAAUAUCGCGCUCCGUUUCGAACGUCGUCGAAAGUAACGAAAAUUAUCGAGGAUUAAGUAUUGGAUUUGGAAUAAGAGAUAUCUUUGCUCGGACGCUGUCGCAGUCACCGAGAUAUAAAGAUAUAAUAAAGAUAUCUCGGGCUAUCUAUCAAGAUAUAUAUAUAUAUACAUUCUUGUAUAAAAUUUUCGACCUCGUCAAAAAAUUACCGAGUUAUCUCGGUUACUGAGUAAUUAUUGUUUGCAGAAAAACAAUUCAAAAAAUUGCGACGAAACAUCGCGAUUUUUUAACGUUUCUCGACGUUUCUCUGUUGGAAUAUUUCAUUGAAACUCAAACCGGUCUAAAGUUAUCAUUCUCUCUUUCGAGAAUAAUUACAGUUUGCGCACGAAACGAUAGGGAAAAAAGAUGAACGGUCGAAGUUUGUGCGAGUCGCUUGAAAUUCGUGCGUUGCUGCUCGAGAAUGACACUUGUUGUUGGGAUAAUAUCCAGAUACGAUGGGGAAAUUAAUUGGACAAUUGUCAAUUAACUUUACGCGAUUCAGCGAUGAACUUCACUCCCUAUUUUGAUAUAAACUUUGUCUAGACAAGCGACGACGAAUACGAAAUGCGACGGUGCGUUCAAAGUAUGCACCGAGUGUUAUCGUAUUUAGACGAACAUCGCAUCUAUCUCGGCGAUUACAUAAUUGCCGAUAGUAAAUUGUGCGUAUUUUGUUUCUCUUUGAUACAGUAAUGCAAAACGCAACGUACGAAAAUAUGACUAAAGUCUGCGCGUUAUCUUUAAAACUGCUGCUUGAACUGGUUUUCUCGAAUGUAAACUCGCUUAUUUACGGAAUAACAUCCGCGCGCACAGAGAAAUGAUUAGUAUGUCUUAUAUUUCAGAGUCACUGAUAGAUAUAAGAGGAAUUCAAUUUUAAUCAAUAUGCAUAUGAUCUUGUACAAUAUAUGUGCAAACUUUCCAUUCUUUUCUUUAUCCACUCUUAAAAAAUACUAUAAAAAGGACUACGAAAUAAAUAUAGAAAAUGACUCAUAUCCUCUCUAUCCUCUGUUGUCUCUAUUUUCUCUAUUCAUUUCGAUCAUCUUGAUUUUGAUCAUGAAGAUAUAAAAAAUGCACGUGUACACAAUCGAAAACGGUAUAAUUUAUAAUCUUAUAAUUUAUGAUCUUUUAUUAUAUAAUAGUUAAUUGUAAUUAACAUUUUCUUUGUGAAUGUAUAAUAAUGUUACUAAGGUUGUUUUAUAUUGUUAAAAAGAUAUGUACUUGUUAUUACGAUAAUAAAUUAUUUGAUCGUAAUUAUA